AUGGCAUUUCUGGGAGGAUCAUUGGGCGUGACAAGGAGCAUCAGCAGCCGAAAGAUGAUGGAGGGGAAGAGCCACGACAGCUCCGGGUCAUGGCGGCAAGCGCCGGCGCCCGUGAGGCAGCUGUUCUGGAGGCUGAGGCGCGCUGUGCUGAGGCCGAAGCGCCGCGCCGUGAGCUUCGGGUAUGACCUCAAGAGCUACUCCCAGAACUUCGACGACGGCGUCAUCCCUGCCCACCGCGUCUAG